CCACCUUGGGGGAAAUUAGUGAUAUCCUUGAUAAUAAGAGCGUCAUGUAAUGGCACCAGUGAAAUUGCGCCUUCAUAUAUCAUUACGAUUGUGAGAAUUGAUUGUGUUUCAUGUGUGAAAUACAAGUCAUGACUAUACUACAGAGUAAACCAAUAUAUAUCAUUACAUGCGUCAUGAUGUUUUGUUACAAAGAAAUCGAGGAGAUUGUGCCUUUUUUUUUUGUCCCGUCCCGCGUCUUCCAAACUGUAGAACCCAGUAACACCGUAGAAAAAAACGAUAAUGUACAAGCCGUCUAUAUGGAUUGAGUUUUGAAACAUGUAGCCGUAAAAUACCACGCCUUAUCCAGCAGAGCACCUCACCCUGAGCAGAUACAAAGCGUCAAAAAAU